UUGUCUUCCGUUACUCAAAUAAUUUUGAAUGUGUUACAGCUUACAGUGUAUAUAUAUCGUUAUAUGUAAACAAAAAUUAAAUAUUCAAUAAAUUGUUUGUGUUUGCAGGCAUCUACCAUCGAUGGCCGGAGGAAGGGCGCGUGCCUGUUCUGCCAGGAGUACUUCAUGGACCUCUACCUCUUGGCAGAACUCAAAACCAUCAGUUUAAAAGUAACAACAGUGGACAUGCAAAAGCCUCCGCCUGAUUUCCGCACCAACUUCGAGGCGACGCAUCCACCGAUCCUCAUUGACAACGGGCUCGCUAUCUUAGAGAACGAGAAGAUCGAACGGCAUAUCAUGAAAUCGGUGCCCGGUGGGCAUAAUCUCUUCGUACAGGACAAGGAGGUAGCGUCGCUGAUCGAGAACCUGUACUCGAAACUGAAGCUGGUGCUGGUCCGCAAGGACGAGCAGAAGUCCGCCGCGCUGCGAGCGCACCUGCAGCGCAUCGACGCGCUGCUCGAGCGCCGGGGGACCAGAUUCCUAACUGGCGACACUAUGUGUUGCUUCGAUUGCGAGUUGAUGCCUCGUUUACAGCACAUCCGCGUUGCCGGCAAGUACUUCGUUGACUUUGAAAUACCGACGAGUUUCCGCGCUCUCUGGCGUUACAUGUACCACAUGUACCAGCUGGACGCGUUCACACAAAGCUGCCCCGCCGACCAGGACAUUAUCAAUCACUACAAACUGCAACAGUUAUCUACAAAAGGUUUGGUAUUGUCGCCGACGCUGGCAAGACAACGGAAAGAUGACGACGCCUCGAGGGCAUUAAAGAUGAAGAAACACGAAGAACUUGAAACGCCGACGUUCACGACGUCCAUCCCUAUCGACGUCAACGACGUGAAUAACUCCGAAUAGUAACAGAUGAACGGACAUCGACCCUCGGUACAAUAGGCUUUAAGCUGAACUAUCAUUGUUACUGAUUUGCCAAUAGUAAUUAAUAUUCUUUGGAUCCCGUACCGAGGAUCCAAUUUGUAUCACAUUUUUUGUGAUAGCUUCCUGUAACCUUGCUCCAUUAUGAGAUGAAGGUUGAAAAGUAUUCUUUUUUUUUGUAAUUAUGUAUAAGUUUGGCGUUGACUUAUAAUACAGUAAAUCUAAAAGAUUGAAUGUUUUUGGUGCAAUCAAAAUUGAUAAAAUUAAUAAAUGUAAUCGUGUUACGGAUGUUUGUUAAAUAUCUUUUCUUUGAAGUUAAGUGAAUUGGUUGAUGCAAGUCUAACUACAUAUUUGGAUCCCUCUUAUCUACGUCACGGGAGGUUAUUGUGGCCAUUUUGAUUGGUUAUGAAAGGCUUUCUUUACCAAAAUAUAUUCGGCAGAGGUUUGAACGUUUUAUUAAGAAAAUUUCAAUUCUACAUAAUGAUAUAUUUUUUAUAAUUUUUUCUUAGCUUUUAGUUCAGUGUUGAAACAACGAAUUAACAUUCAGACUUUUGUAUUAUAUUCACAAUUUUUUAAUUGGUUCACAGUAUUCAUUAUCUUUUGAACAUCUUAGUUUAGGUCUUAGUUAGGAACUUCAGCCAUUUAAAACACCUCUGCCUUUACUUGGUUCGGUAAUUGCAACAGUUAUUAUUUUUACUUAUAUUUAUUUGAUACAAAGCAUAUUGAGUGCUCUUGCCUGCCUCAAAGUUACCUUUUAUGAAGGUAGUAUUUAAGUAUGUACUUAUCUUUUAUACAUAGAUUCAAUCUUUGCUGUGUUAGUUUAGAACAUAAUUCCAUAUAAAGUUAAUGCAAAUCCAAUAAAAAUAAUGCAAAAAUACACAUUUACAAAUCAAACAAAAUAAAAAUUGUUAUUCUAAGCACACAUUGUAAUUCUUAUUCCUUAUGUUAAAAGUUAUGAAAAUUUAAAUAUUAUGUAUUAUUUGACCGAUUAUUGCCUAUUAUAUUGUAAUUAACUUUUUAUAGAAAUGUGUUUGUAACUCGCACAGCUGUUUAAAACCCUGUUGACCUCCAAUGUAAUUAAAACAAUUAAGAAUACUUUAAAAUUAACCACCUGAAUAGGAUCCCGGAAAGUUAUUUUUUUUUAUUUUAUUUGUAAACAAUUUAAUAGAUUAUUUUGUGAAUCAUUUAUUAUUUAUAGUACAGAAUAGGACAAGGGCGAGAGACAUCAUGUCAAUUGGACAAUGUAUAAAAUAUUAAUACUAGAUUUUAAUGUAAAUGUUAAGGAAUAAACCUGGAUAAAUAUUAUUAUUUUUU